AUGACGGCUUCGCGCAUGUUAAGCAGAUGCACCGACCGUAAACUGCGUUUGUUGUGCCUGCAUGGCAUGUACCAGGACGCAAUCACGUUCAUGGCUAAGACAAAGCAUCUGCAUGGGAUCAACUCGAAUGUGGAAUUGAUUUUCCUGAACGGGCCCUUCAUCACCGUGCCGCCCAUUUUAGCGCGUCAAAGCAAGCGACCUAGUUCAGCUUCUAGCAAGAUGAAGCACAUACACUCUAGUAAGAAGAAGAUGGAAUUUCGCGCGUGGUGGCGGCUGCCGGGCAUUCACCAGAAAGACUCUAGCAGUUUGGACGGAGACCGGGACGUACUUAUAAACUUCCUCCGUGAGAAGCUGGACGAGAUCGGAGACGUAGAUGGAGUUGUUGGGUUCUCGCAAGGAGCGAGUCUUGCGGCGUGGAUGUGCUCAGAACAGGCCUGCGCUGAACUGCAUUGGUCACCGAAACUGGCCGUGCUGUUUGGAAGCUAUCUAAGCUCACCUCAGUUCUCGUUGGACUCGGGCGUUGUCCCCGACAUUUCGUCACUGCACGUCUUCGGCUUGAACGACUACGUCAUCCCGGCUGCCAAGAGCCAGCAAGUGAUGGACAUCUUUCAAGAGACCCUUGACAAUCGCGUGCUGACUUCGGUGCACGCCAAAGGCCACGUAGUUCCCAAGUGUGAUGCGUUCAAGCAGCUGUUCAAGUCAUUUCUGACUCUCCAGAACAUGAGAUGA